CCGACGUGGGGCUCGCGCUCUCGCGGUCUCUCCCGGGCAGGCGCGCGGGCACGCGCACUUGGCGGGCGCGCGCGCGGACGGCCGGGCGGAGGCAGCGGCUCUCGGAGGCGGUGGCUUCACUUUCCAGGACUCAGGGGCGACCACCGCAGCAGCGCGGGGGGGCAGCAGCCUCGGGGGCCGGAGCUGGGACGGCUGGGGGCGGCGGCGGCGGCGCGGAGGGAUCUAAAAUGUCCACUGAGGCCCAAAGAGUUGAUGACAGUCCCAGCACUAGUGGAGGAAGUUCUGAUGGAGACCAACGUGAAAGUGUUCAGCAGGAACCAGAAAGAGAACAAGUUCAGCCCAAGAAAAAGGAGGGGAAACUAUCCAGCAAAACAGCUGCUAAAUUGUCAACUAGUGCUAAAAGAAUUCAGAAGGAACUUGCAGAAAUUACGUUGGAUCCUCCUCCCAACUGUAGGAGGAUGGACAGAUGAAUGGAUAAACGGACAGGUUUCAGGAGGAGCAAGAAACUUCAGUGCUGGACCCAAAGGAGACAACAUUUAUGAAUGGAGAUCAACGAUAUUGGGACCCCCAGGAUCUGUCUAUGAAGGAGGGGUGUUCUUUCUUGACAUUACCUUUUCACCAGACUAUCCGUUUAAACCCCCUAAGGUUACCUUCCGAACAAGAAUCUAUCACUGUAAUAUUAACAGCCAAGGCGUGAUCUGUCUGGACAUCCUAAAGGACAACUGGAGUCCGGCCCUUACCAUUUCUAAGGUUCUCCUCUCCAUCUGCUCACUUCUUACAGAUUGCAACCCUGCUGACCCUCUGGUAGGCAGCAUUGCCACGCAGUACAUGACCAACAGAGCGGAGCACGACCGGAUGGCCAGACAGUGGACCAAGCGGUAUGCCACAUAGGGCCGCGCUGCCGCCCGCCGGACCUGUGCAAGCACAUUCACCAAGUGCAUCAAUAGCCCCCCCGCCCCUCCGGACCUCGGUUCUUACUUUCUUAUUUUUAUUAAACUUUGAACCAUUUUGUGGUGGUAUGUCAUCCUUCCCCCUUCUCCCUCUUUCCUCUUCCUGCUUUUCCUUUGCUUUCCCUCCCUCCACCCCAUCUCCUUCCUCCCGGUUGUGUUCCCUUUUUAAUUUCUGUUAACUUGAAAGAUUUGGGUUCUUUUUCCCACCUCCUUGUGGAUGGGAACUUUAUUUUCAGUGCAAACAAUGUUGAUAUGUAUUAGUAAGAGCUUUCUUACAAAGCUUUGUAUUACUGUGUGGUUUUGUUUUUUGUUGUUGUUUGUUUUAUUUUCAUUUUUUUCUUUUAUGUGAUCUUCGGGAAAACACGAAUUCAGAAUUAUAUCUCGUUUCUACUUAAAUGUAGUGCUUAGGGUUAAUUUUUUUGUACUGAAGUCUUUAUUGGUGGGUGCAUGCUACUGGGAACAAGUUUUUGUACAAAAGCUUCAAUCACAAUCACUGUGCAUUACUGAGACCCUGUUUAUCACUAGCCUUCUGUCCCCCACGCAGAAGACUGUUGGAUUGAACAAAAUAAUAAGUAUUUUGAUUUACUUAAAGUGCUUGUAAAUUUCUUAGGGACCUGCCACUUUGGACUGUGGAUCAGUUGAUGUACACUUGUAUUAUUAAAGCACUCAAUAAAUCACUGUGGCUGGUAAACGC